AUGAUUCUUCCACUACAGGAUCAAUCAAUGAAUAUCGCUUUCCUCGGUUUUGCCGCCAACGAUAAGUGCGCCGCUAACUCAUGCAAUUUUUGGGCUCUUAUCACGCUGCUGCAUUGCAUCAGUGGCCUUGGAAUGGAUGCGAUUGACCAUCGCAUUAUGUCAAUGUACAUCACAGAUGAUAUUCCAAUCUGGCGAAAUGAAGACGGAUUAAAGCGAACCGCGGUAAUGCAUUAA